GAAGAAAACAGAGACAGAGAUAAAGACAGAGUCUAUUGUCAGUGCAGAAGCAAAGAAAGAAAGUGAAAUCGUCAUGAGAAGAAAGAGAAAGCUGCUACUCCACUGAUUAUUAGAUCUCUAUCUCUCUCUUUUCACUCGCCCACACGAGCGCGGACUCAGACAAGUUAACUCACCCAACGCAGCUGAGCUGGGUUCUUCUUCGUGAGUCAAACCCGACCGAGUUAUGGGGUGUUGUCAAUCCACCUGGAAAGCACCCGACUCCGCCGAUAAAUCCCAUCAUCAUCAUCAUCAUCAUCAUCAUCAACAAUCUCAUCGCAACCGACAAAACAACCAUCUCACUCAGCCUUCUAACGGUACCGAUUCCUCCUCCGCCGCCGCUGCCGCCGCUGGCUCCGGAGGAACCCCGGCUUUCUCUGAGUUCUCCUUAGCUGACCUUAAAGCCGCCACGAACAAUUUCAGUCCCGAUUUUAUUGUAUCAGAGAGUGGUGAGAAAGCUCCCAAUGUGGUCUACAAGGGUCGUCUUCAAAACGGCAACAAUAACCGCCGUUGGAUCGCCGUUAAAAAAUUUACCAAAUUUGCUUGGCCCGAUCCCAAACAGUUCGCUGACGAAGCGUCGGGCGUUGGGAAGCUGAGGCAUACCAGGUUGGCGAAUUUGAUUGGCUAUUGCUGUGAUGGCGACGAGAGAUUGCUAGUGGCUGAGUAUAUGCCAAAUGAUACUCUUGCUAAACAUCUUUUCCACUGGGAGAAUCAAACCAUUGAAUGGGCCAUGCGUCUGAGAGUUGCUUUGUAUAUUGCUGAAGCUUUAGAUUAUUGUAGUAGUGAAGGGCGUCCUUUAUACCAUGAUUUGAAUGCAUAUAGGGUUCUCUUUGAUGAGAAUGGUGAUCCUCGGCUUUCAUGCUUUGGAUUAAUGAAAAAUAGUAGAGAUGGAAAAAGUUACAGCACGAAUCUUUCUUAUACACCUCCAGAGUAUCUACGGAAUGGAAGGGUUACUCCUGAAAGUGUUAUUUUCAGCUUUGGGACUGUCCUUUUGGAUCUUCUCAGUGGAAAGCAUAUUCCUCCUAGUCAUGCUCUUGAUAUGAUACGCGGCAAAAAUAUUCUUCUCUUAAUGGAUUCACAUCUGGAGGGAAACUUUUCAACUGAAGAGGCUACAGUGGUCUUUGAACUUGCUUCACAAUGCUUACAAUAUGAACCCAGGGAGCGACCAAAUACCAAUGAUCUUGUUUCUACACUAGCUUCCCUGCAAAAUAGACCUGAUGUUCCAUCUUAUGUGAUGCUAGGAAUUCCAAGGAAUGAGGAAGCACCUCCUACACCUCAACACCCUCUUUCUCCAAUGGGCGAUGCUUGUUCACGGAGGGACCUCACAGCCAUCCAUCAGAUUUUGGUGUUGACACACUACAAAGAUGAUGAAGGAACCAAUGAGUUAUCUUUUCAAGAGUGGACCCAACAAAUGAGAGAUAUGUUGGAGGCCAGAAAGCGUGGCGAUGUGGCAUUCAGGGAGAAAGAUUUUAAAACUGCCAUAGAUUGCUAUUCUCAGUUUAUAGAUGUGGGAACCAUGGUUUCCCCGACAGUGUAUGCGAGGCGAAGUCUUUGCCAUCUGCUAUGUGAUCAGCCAGAUGCUGCCCUCCGAGAUGCCAUGCAAGCACAAUGUGUUUACCCUGAAUGGUCCACAGCAUUUUACAUGCAGGCGGUUGCUCUUGCAAAGUUAGACAUGCACAAAGAUGCAGCUGACAUGUUGAAGGAGGCUGCUUCAUUAGAAGAAAAGAGGCAACGGGGUGGGAGAGUUUCUUGAGUGACUAACAUUCUUUGUAACUCUGCUUAAUCAAUUGUUGUGGCUCUUGUUGUAAGAAAAAAAAAAACAUUUGGGUUUAUGUAUGGUUAAAGUAGGAAAAUGUUUUUCCAUGCAAAAUGUACCAUAGAGGGAGGUAGAGACUUGCUUUACUCGACUGUUCUAUUUUUUUAACAAUUUCAGUGAAAUAAUCAGUCUUUCAUAGUGUA